AUGAUUAAACCCAAUGAUAAGGUCAUGAGGAUCCAAGAGAUCAUUGACAAUGAGCCUCCGCGUCUGCUCGUGUUGUUCGACAAGGGUCAGGAAAAUAUCGCCAGGAUUGCUGCCGAGAUUCUGGGACAGACUUGUCGCUUCGUGGGAUGCCCAGAGGAUGUUAUGAACGGGUCGGGAGAGGCUGUCAUUGGAGUAGAGAAUGGUUGGAUUACGGAUCCAGAUGGCUUGCGAACGCUGGACCGAACACUCCUCAACACGCACUGUGUUUGUAAGCAAGACUUGAGAAACGAGUUGCUGAGUUUGUUCUGCGACUAUGAAUUCCUCUACACCGAGGACGACGCCACAACGCGCAAGGACCUGACCCGCUUCCUUGGAGUUGUGCUUGGACAUGUUGUACCGCACUACGAUCUUAUGCGGAAGGACCGCAGCACCCUGCUCUCCACGACCUUUGCUGACAUUCGGGAUGCGUUGCCGAACCUCGAAAUACUUACAGUCGGUGCUGAUGCCGUGGAGCUUCGAGUGGAUUUGCUCAGGGAUCCAUCUAUGCAUGACCAGUUUGAAGCUGUACCGAGUCUGAAAUAUGUUGGAGAGCAGGUCAUGCUCCUGCGUCAACGAACUAGCCUUCCAAUCAUCUUCACCACGCGGUGCACCAAUGAAAAUGGACGAUUUCCAAUGGACGAUCCUGCUCUCUUUUACAAGUAUCUCCGUAAAGCGAUACAAUGGGGUUGUGAAUACAUCGAUGUUGAGCUUUGGUUGCCAGAACCGAUCAGGCGUAAGCUCGCAGCCGAGAAAGGAAAUAGCAAGAUUAUAUCUGCCUGGCAUGACUACUCCGGAACUUUCAAGUGGACCUCAACACAUGCGCAGCGACUCUUUGAAGAGGGUGCUGUUUGGGGUGACGUUGUGAAGAUGAUUGCAUUCAUCAACACCAUGGACGACAAUUAUGAGCUGGAAUACUUUCGAUCGACUGUGCAAAGCGCUCAUGCCAGUCCGCCUCUGUCUGGACUUAAUAUGAGCUCCAUUGGACAGAUGUCUCGUACCCUUAACAAGGUCUUCACACCUAUCACCCACCCGCUAUUACCAGUGAUAGCUGCUCCUGGUCAGCUCAGUGCAGCAGAGAUCAACUCUAUGCUUCAUUCCAUGGGUCAGAGACCACAGCAAGACAUAUAUGCAAUCGGUCGCUCCCAUUUCAAUGGCAUGUUCUUUGAAAAGUGCCUCAAUGAGCUCAGUCUACCGCACAGACUUCUUCGCGUGGAUCAGGCAAAUCGUGCAUCCAUUGCCUCAUGCAUGUCCAAGGUCGAAUUUUGCGGUGCGUACAUUGACCCACCACAAACUGUCGAUUCGGCACCGUAUCUUCCGACGUUGACAGAAGCCGCGUCUGCAAUCGGACAAGUCGACACCAUCGCGGUACGGACCUCAAAGAGCGGGAAGACGUUUACCGCAGAGAAUGUGACGUGGAAAGCGAUUCGCUCUGCGUUGACUCAAGAGUUCACUCCCGGUGCGUUCGCUGGCAAGACCGCACUUGUUCUCGCAAACACCGAAGCACAGGCAGCGGCGGCGUUGUAUGCUUUGGCAAGUCUGAAMAUGGAGUCCAUCAACACCAUCGGCUUCGAUGCCACAGAGUUCACCGGCACCCACACUCGUCAGCUUCGGGGUCUUGAAGACAUGAGGAAUGGAGAGCUGCCGUUUGUGGUCGUAUCUGCUCUAUCAGCCGACAAGUCAUUGAUGGCAACACCUGUCUUGAAGCAUUACUCGGUCGAUGUUCGAAAGUCGCAUCGUACGGGGAAGAUUUUCAUUGACUUGUCAGACGGCCACGAGUGCAAGGCAAACGCUGUGUCGUACGCUCGAUCUUUGGGAUGGACUGCUUAUUCUGCCAUCGACAUUCGCAUGCGCAUUUUUACCGAAACAUUCAGCACUCUGUGUGGUGAGAAUGUGCCGCUUGAGUUUGUCAGGCUUGCUGGUGGGCAAGGUCUAUUCAAUUGA